CUGAGGGUCAACUUGCAUUAGCUUGUUAAUGGUCAACCAGAUAGGAUCAUAAUUAGAAACCAGAAUGUUCUGUCUUCUGUUCACGCUUCUACCCCUGAUCUCCGCCUUGCCUCAGCAGCAGGAGGUUCGAACCAUCCCAUCCUUCUCCGUUGAGAUCGGAGAUAAGGUCGGAGCAGGAGAGUAUGCUCCGGAUAUUAACGCCAAGCUAGAUGUUUCUCAGGAGAAUGGUAGAUUUGCUGUAGAUACAGAAUUCGAAUACACAGACCUGACUGGAUAUUUCUUUAACGCUAUGAUCCUUGUAUCCGUCCUUCUGCUUGUAUCCAAUCUUCUUAAUAUCCAACUCUUCCCUAAUGUAUCUCAGGUUCUGGAAAACACAGGGGCCCUCAUCAGAGACCAGAUCAAAGUUAUCACGGGGAAGGAAGGAAGAUCCCUAGAUGCUGCAACACUGAACCAAAUGGCAUCUAUUGUAGACCAGGCUAUCCAGGCCUACGAGAAGUUUAAUUAAGUCACCGCUAGAUGGAGUAAUACGCACUCUUAUAUUUUCAAAAAACCGCCGCCAGGUGGGAUGCCUAGCACCAUCUCAACCAAUUACCUUUCAUUAAGUAUUUUGUUGUAGUUUAUUCUUUUUUUGCACCCAUUGUGCAUUUAAGAUGAUAAUUGUAAAUAGUAUGUUAUAUACAGUUAAACAUUUACAUAUCUAAUAAUUUUAGCUGGAGCACAGUAAUGUUCAAAUCUUACCUACAUUCAGUAUUGAUUUUGUAUUCUCUCUUUAUUCUUAUUCUUCAAUAUCAUUGUUUAAAACUAUUUUACAUUUCUUCUUUUUCUAACAUCUUCUAUGUACAUAAUAUUGUAUUUUCUAUAUUUGCCACACCCUUUCUCCCCCCUUCCAUAAUGUAUAUUAUUAUUUAUUUGUUUAUGUAAAAACCGGUGUAUGCCCUUUCAUUUUGAAAUAAAAAUAA